UCCUGCAAUCAAUCAUCCAAACGAACCAAAAAUCAGAAGGAACUUGUUAAUUCGUUAGAAGUACUGUAUAGAUUAUACGUCGGUAUUUGCCAAUAGAAAAUCGAGGGUUUCUUCAUUCUCAGGAGUCCCGUUUCAGUUGAUUUCAUCAGCUUCACAACAAGAAUUGUGGUGGUGGCGGCAUAUGCAUAGUGGCGACUACAAUCUCAAUCUCAAUCGACCUUCGCUCAGUUCGUCCUCCCUCGACUCUCGCCUCGCUCACGGACGAACUCACGAACAUAAACAAAUUCGCGAUUCACGAAUCGAAAUCGCAAUCGGCCUUGACUCAAUCGGCUCUCGCUUCUCGAGUCUCGACCAUUGACCGGCUCUCGGCCUCUCGCUCUCGCAUCUUGUGACUUGUGAGCCUAGGUACAGGAAAAGAGGAGAGGAAAGUAAUUUGCUGCAGAAAUUAUCAGAAGCUUGCAUUGUUGAUUUCUCUUAGAUUGACUCUUCAACUGCACAAGUCUUGAGUCCGAUCAUUUGAAGCUUUGAUUAAGACAUGAAACGCUCCACAGAUGAUAUUGGUGAGAAAUUGCAGGCCAAGAAGCCUGUCUUUCUCACUAAAGCAGAGCGAGAACAAUUAGCCCUCAAGCGCCGCCAGGAUGAAUUUGACGAACAGAAGCGCCGUUCUGAACAGCUUCUUCUCCAGAAUAACCCUAAUUCUUCAUCAUCUAAACCCCCACUGUCCUCCGAUGAUGCCUCUCGGCACCAUCGUUCUUCUCGUGAUUACGAUCGUGACCGUGACCGUGAUCGCCGUGAUAGAGACAGAGACAGGGAUAGGGAUAGGGAGCGUGAGAGGGAGAGAGAAAGGGAACGGGACUCUGAGCGGCGGAACCGUGACAGAGAACGCGAUGAAGAGCACAAGGCUAGGGAAAGAGCCCGUUUAGAGAAGCUUGCGGAGCGAGAGCGUGAAAAGGAGCUUGAGGCCAUCAAGGAGCAGUACUUGGGAUCCAAGAAACCUAAGAAAAGGGUAAUCAAGCCCAGCGAGAAGUUUCGUUUCUCCUUCGAUUGGGAGAACACAGAGGAUACUUCUCGUGAUAUGAACAUUCUCUAUCAAAACCCUCAUGAGGCCCGUCUCCUCUUUGGAAGAGGUUUUCGUGCUGGUAUGGAUCGCAGGGAGCAGAAAAAGUUGGCUGCAAAGAACGAGAAAGAGUUGAGAGACGAGAUUAGGAAGAAGGAUGGGAUUGAGGAAAGGCCAGAGGAGGCUGCUGCUCAGAGGCUCAAGGAAGAAGCUGCAGAUAUGUAUGAUACAUUCGACAUGAGAGUUGAUCGUCACUGGUCGGAGAAGAAACUCGAGGAGAUGACAGAGAGAGAUUGGAGGAUCUUCAGGGAAGAUUUUAAUAUAUCUUACAAGGGUUCCAAAAUCCCUAGGCCCAUGAGGAGUUGGGUUGAAAGUAAGUUGAGUUCUGAGCUCUUGAAAGCGGUAGAGAGGGCUGGUUACAAAACACCAUCCCCCAUUCAAAUGGCUGCUAUUCCCCUUGGUCUCCAACAGCGUGAUGUAAUUGGGGUUGCCGAGACUGGUUCAGGUAAGACUGCUGCCUUUGUUCUUCCUAUGUUGACUUACAUAACCCGACUUCCUCCCAUCAGUGAAGAAAAUGAGGCCGAGGGCCCUUAUGCGGUUGUCAUGGCUCCAACCCGAGAACUUGCACAGCAAAUCGAGGAGGAGACUGUUAAGUUCGCCCAUUAUUUAGGCAUCAAAGUUGUUUCCAUUGUUGGUGGGCAGUCAAUUGAAGAGCAAGGAUUCAAGAUUAGACAAGGGUGUGAAGUUGUCAUUGCUACUCCCGGACGUCUUAUCGAUUGCCUAGAGAGGCGUUAUGCUGUGUUAAACCAGUGUAACUAUGUUGUUCUGGAUGAGGCUGACCGUAUGAUUGAUAUGGGUUUCGAACCUCAAGUUGUUGGUGUUCUGGAUGCAAUGCCAUCAAGCAACUUCAAACCCGAGAAUGAGGAUGAAGAGCUUGAUGAGAAAAGAAUAUACCGGACCACUUAUAUGUUCAGUGCGACUAUGCCUCCAGCUGUGGAGAGACUAGCUAGAAAGUAUCUACGGAACCCUGUUGUUGUGACCAUUGGAACUGCAGGAAAGGCAACUGAUCUCAUUACACAACAUGUUAUCAUGGUGAAGGAAUCGGAGAAAAUGUCUAGGUUGCAAAAACUGCUGGAUGAACUUGUGGAUAAGACCGCCAUUGUCUUCAUAAACACUAAAAAGUCCGCUGACUUUGUAUCAAAAACAUUGGAAAAGUCUGGUUACCGUGUGACAACUUUGCACGGUGGCAAGUCACAGGAGCAGAGGGAAAUCAGCCUUGAAGGUUUUAGGACCAAAAGAUUUAACGUUUUGGUAGCGACGGAUGUUGCAGGGCGUGGGAUCGAUAUACCUGACGUAGCUCAUGUGAUAAACUAUGAUAUGCCAGGGAACAUUGAAAUGUAUACUCAUCGUAUAGGACGUACGGGUCGUGCAGGGAAGACGGGUAUAGCGACCACAUUCUUGACUCUACAUGAUACUGAUGUGUUUUAUGAUCUUAAACAGAUGCUUACGCAGAGUAAUAGUCCCGUGCCGCCUGAACUUGCUAGACACGAGGCUUCAAAGUUCAAGCCUGGAUCGAUUCCUGAUAGACCACCCAGACGUAACGAUACAGUUUUUGCGCAUUGAGGUAAUUACAUUAUGCUGCAUUAUCAUGUAUGUUUAAUUACAUUAGAAAUUGAAUCUUGGAACUGGUUUUGAUGAUGCUAUAGCAGGAGUUUAGGCUGGUAUUUGUUAUUUGUAAUUGUUGUUGCUUAUUUGAUAGCAUGAAUUUUAAUAGAUAUUUGGUGGACCAUCUUUCCAUUUGC